CUUUCUUUCAUCAUUCAUUCAUUUGUCAUUGUCGAAAAUGGCACAACGGACGUGGCAUAUGUUUACAGUGUUAACAGUAAUAUUUACAAUUUUAUCACUCGUCGGCGAUGUUUUCUCUACAUCAGCGGCACCAUGGUACGAAAAUCUACCAGCGGUCACCAUGGAUUAUAAGGUUCACAUAGACGCCGGGAAGGAAGACUGCUACUUUCAGUAUGUUCAGCCGGGCGCUACGUUUUACGCCAGCUAUCAGGUGUUGAAAGGUGGCGAUGGAAUGUGCGGGUUCGCGGUGCGGCACCCGAACGGGCAGAUCGUGCACCCGUACGAGUGGCGGCAGAGCGCGGAGUACGCCGACCAGUCGUCUUCGGGCGGCUACUACGCCGUGUGCAUCGACAACCAGUUCUCUCGGUUUGCCGGCAAGCUCGUCAACUUGUACCUGUCUGUCAUCCGGUAUGACAUGUGGGAGAAGUACGCUAAGGAGGUGGAGGAGAUGGACAUGAACAUAAAGAACUUUACUAACUCUAUCCAGUUUGUGGAACGUAAUAUUAAUGAUAUACUGCAGUACCAGUACCAUUCCAGAGCGAGAGAGUCUCGAGACUACAACUUGUUGAUGGACAACAAUAAUUAUGUUUUAAGGUGGUCAUUUAUCCAAAUCCUGGCGAUAGCAACAACAGCCACGCUGCAAGUCUACUUUGUUCGGAAACUGUUUGAAGUCAAAGACAACUCCUCCAAGACAAGGAUAUGAUGUACUUCAGGUCCGCACAGGGUGAUCUAUGACUUGUUAUCUCAACGCACAUUCGACUGAACAUUCCUGUUAUUUAAUUUCUUCGUUCUGGACUUCGAUCUCUGUAUCCAUUGUGUUAGUAGCUUGGUUUCUAUAGUCAUAAUAAGUAACAGUGCAUUCAUUAGUUUUAAUUUUGCAUGUAAGGUACACAAUCAUUUCCAAUAGCUCUAAAUACUGUAUAGAAAUUGAAUUGUGUUUACAUUCUUAUCCAUGAUAUCUGAGAUUAACAUUUCUAUGAUCUGAAUAAUUUUAAGUAUUUUUAAAUGGAUUUUUUACUUAUUCUAAGUUAAAUUGUUUUAUAUUUAUUUGUAACAAGUCAAAAUAUUUUUUAAUUUAUUUACAAAAACAAAAUGAAUAAAUCAAUUUCAAAGCUUGACAUUUUUUAUACUACUUUUGUACUUGUAAGUGUUACCAAUUUGUUGAGAAAAUUGGCUUUUAAAUGCUGAUUCUAUUGCUUACAAUAAUAGUUCAUGUACUUUAGGUUUGUUGUAAAAUAAAAAGUUAAGUACAUAAAAUAAUAAAAAAUAUAUUUCCUAUC